UACUGCUAUGUGAAUGCUAGUUAAUAAUGCUGUCAUUUUCCUUCCAUGUGCGCAUGCGCAUUACAUAAAAUGGCGACGAACAGGGAUGAAAUACUUGCUGAUUUUCAGGCCUGUACAGGUAUAAAUGAUUUUGAAGAAUGCCUAGCCCACUUGGAGCAAUCGGACUGGAAUCUCCAACAGGCGGUUAGCAGUGUCCUGGUGACGGAUAAUCCGGUGGAAGAUGUCCCGGACACAGAGAUGGUUGAUUUGACGCCAUCUGUAGUAAAGGCAUCUAGCAUAUCACCAUCCAAUAGACCAUGCGCGUCCACAAAUUUUGAGCCACCACCACCACGAGUCAGACGACUUCAGUUUGAUGUUGAAUAUAGAGACAGGACCAUUCAUUUACGAGUAGAAGAUUCCAUGACGGUUUUCACUGUUAAGAAAUUGCUGAAUGAAGAGUUAAAAAUACCAGUUACGAUGAUGGAUGUGCGAGGCUGGUCAGGUGGAAGGGUUAUAGCUAAAGAUAGUGACCUGCUUGCCAGUCUUCAUCUACCACUCCAUAACAAAUUAUUCUUACUGACUCCAGAUAUACCAGAAACAGACUCUAUAGAAGAAAAUCAAAACAAUGGAGAACCCAAUGAAGUUGUAUUAAAAUAUGAGUUGUUGAUUCGAGACCAGGACACAGGGGAAGAGAAACAUGUGACGUACCCAGCCAACAAGACCAUAAGAGAAGUAAAGCUAGACGUGUACACAUUAACGUCAGUUGCUGUUAGACAUCAAAACUGGUUAGACUGGCCGCAAGCCAGUGGAGAUGACACGCUAACACUUGCUGACUGCCAUUUUAACUAUCCAAAUCAUAGGUUGACAUUUUGUCGUGUAAAGGAAAACCACUCUAAACCGCAUAAUUCAAAAAAUGAAGACUACAACACAGAUAGUGAUGAAUUUGAAGAUGCAGCCGAUACGUUUGAUUUUGAUGAUGAUACACAGUUUUUUGGUGAUGAAAACCAUCAAACACAUAAAUUUAAACCUCUAUUACCAUCAGGAAUCGAAGACCCCACAGAGGCACUGGCGCAUUUUACACAUGAAUUUGAGGAACGUUAUGGGGAAAGGCAUCCAUUCUUCUUUUUAGGGUCACUAGAUGAUGCAACUAAAGAAGCCUUUAAACCAACGUUAGCAGAUAGGAAACCUUUAGCAAUAUAUCUUCACCAUGACCGUAGUGUACAGGUUAAUGUAUUUUGUAGUCAAUUGUUAUGCGCUGAGAGUAUCGUAUCCUUCCUAAGCCAUCAUUUUGUGACCUGGGCAUGGGAUUUAACAUUGGACAUUAAUAAAGCAAGGUUAUUAAAUAUGUGUACGGAGCAUUUUGGUAGCAUGGCUGCGUCAGCAGUGCGUAAUAUACAAGACGACCAGUUCCCUAUUAUACUUAUUGUGAUGAAGACUAGAUCAAAUGCAGAAGUAUUUUCAGUGUCACAAGGAAACACAUCAUUAGAUGAAAUGAUGACUGCAUUGGUCCACUCUGUAGACGUAUUUAAUCAUCAACGAUCUGUAUUUAUGGCAGAAGACUCUGAGCGAUUAGCAGCAGAGCAACUACGGCUUGAACAAGAUGCAGCCUACCAAGCUUCCCUUAUAGCAGAUCGAGCCAAGGCAGAAGAAAAGGAAAGAACAGAGAGAGAAGAGCGAGAAAAGCAAGAGAGAGAAGACCAGGAACGAAGAGAAAAGGAACAAAAUGAUGAGGCAAUAAGACUGUCCUUGGAACAGCAGGUGUUAGAAGAACCACCUGCAGAAGUUAAAGAUGGUGUGAGCACACUCAGAAUGAGGCUACCGGAUGGAGAGAUGUUAGUUCGUAGAUUUUAUGCCAAUCAUGCAAUAAAGACUUUGUUUUACUUCAUUGGAUCGAAAGGUUAUCGCACAGAAGACUACAAACUAUUAACAACAUGGCCAAAAAGAGAUGUAACAUUAUUGGAUAGUUCUAAGACAUUUAAAGACUCGGGCCUCUUCCCACAAGAAACGCUGUUUGUUGAGGAACGACAAGAUGUAGAUUAACCAUACAACGGCUGAUAUCCAGUUGGCAAAAUGUACUGAAUCAAAUUUUUUGGGGGAAAUGUCAAAGAUGUGUGUGUGUGUACUUUAAAGUAUGUCAACAGUGAACAGUUUUACAGUGGAUGUUCAAUGUUCAAAUGGCGGGAAAAAUUUUGAGAGGCAAUUAUUGUGAACUGCAGCUGCGUCAGUUUUAAGUCAUCAUCGUUCAUCAGGGCGUUGCCAUGUGGCUAGUGUUGUCGUAGCUGUUGCUAUGGUGCAUGCUGUGCAAUUAAAAAACAGUAAAAAUACUUACAUCUUGCUAUGAAGUUGCUUGUUACAGAUAAUAUAAAAAUACAGAAGAACUAAUGGUAUAAAAUACAUACGGUAUCUAACAAUGUUUUAAAAUUCCAUAUACUGUACAAAUGAAAAUUGACGUUCUUAACUUGUGUGGUACUGUUUAUCCAUCUCCGUCAGUUUUCAAAAUAUCCAAUUGUAGGUCUACUCAAAGUCCUUUUUGAUGCAUUGCUCCGUAAACUAAGGUGUUCUAGCAAUUAUGAAGUUUUUGAAAGCAUGACUGGUUAAUUCACAGUUCUGUGAAUUGUUUUAAAAAUACAAAACACAACAUUUUACAAUAAUGGAAGCUAAGGUGUUCUAGCAAUUAUGAAGUUUUUGAAAGCAUGAAGAUGAAGAUUCCAUGCUGCACUAAACAUCAACCCAUUUUACUGAUUUUUUUUGUUAUAUUAUUAGUAGUUGUUCUGUUUUGUUGUAGUCAGAUACCUCUCUGUUGCAAAUUAGACUUGCACUUUAGAUAUGGGCAUUAAACAUAAAACUAAACAGUAAUUUACCCUAAUAGGCUGUUGAUUCAUAAGGUAUACAAAAUAGUGGUUUGUAGUAAAAAAUAAAAUGAAUAUGGAUAUAUGAAUAUCCCUUCCCCCCCCCCCCAUCUUUGCCUUCUACUACAUAUGUAAUCGCAUUGUGUCAGUUGUGGCUGAAUGCUAAUGUUAUAACACGAGGCUGACACAAGAUAGAAUUGACUCCUAAAGUAUUAUAAUAUGCUAAGCUACAAUGAUAACACAUGCAGUAUGGUACAUUCUCCUUUUGUUUGACAUGUUAAACUAUUAGGAUAAUAUGCAUAUAUUUCCUUUAAUGUCUAUUACCUCAAGUGACUAGAAUCACAUAUUACUUGGUCCCUAGUGGAAGCCCUUCAUCUGUUUGUCUGACCCCUUAAGCUACUAGAAUAAUUGAUCAUGUCUGAACCUCCCUAAUCUACUGAGUCAUACACCACAUUACCACAUUGAUACAAAUUUAGCAUACCACCCAGUUAUAUGCAAGCAUAAUAUUACACUAAGUAUCAUUACUGUGUAUCCCAUACUGAUAAUAGCCAUUAUCUGACAAGUAUUUAGUAGACAAGUGUGGUUAGAAAUUCAAUUACAAUAAUUAUUAUCAUGUCGGUAUUGCUUUCAUUUUCUGUAACAUGUUUUUGUUAAGUCAUUUUGAAAGGCAUUACCCUACAUUUGUUUAUAACCAGUUGUCAAGAGAAUACAGGUUGUCUGUAGAGGAAACAACUAUUUAUUUUUACAAGCAAUUUAUUUAGAGUUUAAAGAUGCGAUACUAAGAUGCUGUAUUUUAAAUAUCCAAAUCAUCUUCAUCCUUAUGUGAGAAGAGGAUAAGAUGGAGGAGGGGUUGCCUUAGUUGAUGGUAGACCUGCUACGGAAUUUACCAAAUUGGUACAUCAUUUUUAAUUUGGUGCCAUCAUUCAUAGAUAAUAUAAAGAACCUGUACAUAAAUUUAGACCCAUUUACAGCAUACAGUAUUAGAAAUGGCCAACACAGUGUUAAAACGAUGGGCUGGGAUCACUUGCUGGGGAAUCGCCUAUCCCAUCAGGAAUCUUCAUAUAGAAUUGGUUUCCUGAUUUUGGGUUAUUAUUUAUUUAUUGUUACAUAUAUGUAUCUCUUGACCGGUACUACUUGAGUGAAAUGUUCAAAGUAUCAGUCUUAUAUGGUGAUGUCAUUUUUACAAGCCUAUAUUAUUAAUCCUCUAAUGCUUGUUAAAAAUGUAAACAUCCUGAAUUAUUUGUCUCCGGAUUGGCUGUGAUAGAUUUUAUCAGUCACAUCUAAAGACAUGCAUUGCAGGGGUAAGUCUCCGCAAAUUCGCAGGAGGGUCCCGUUAAUUGGAAAGGCCUCCUGUACUCUCAUAUUAAAGGAGUCUCUCCCGUAAAAUAAUCUAUCUUCCACAAAUUCACGAUACAGUAUUUGCAUGUUUUUACUACUGUAUUAUCAGUUGUCUCCCAAAAGUCAGUGUCGCUGAGCAUCACCAUGCAUAGCAAAAUGGAAUUAGAUGUGUAAAGAAAGCUCAUUUAAACAGGUCCCCUGGAAAGUAGCUUUUUCCAGUUUUUGACCUUUCACCUCUGACUACUAUAGAAUGACUAUAAUUGGAUUGCUCACUUUAAUUCAUACAUAGAUGUUUGUAUUACCUGUAUUUGAUUAUGGAAUGCAAUUUAUUUGCGCAAAAAGCAUGCAGACUGGCCAAUGUUUUGCAAUUUGAAAGCCAGUUUUAUUUUCCAGGAAACUACUUUUUAUGAUGUUUUUGUUGCAAACUAUAUUUAAAGUUGAAAAAAGUAUUUAAAUUUGAAAUUAAUAUUAAAAUCUAUUGAUACUAAAGUUUUCA